AGACAUUUCUUUUUCUUUCCUUGCAGGCCAUGCUCCGUAGCCUCAAGGAAAUCAUAAAACCUAAUCUUUCGAGAACACUCCGGCCACGGCGAAACCACCGUUCUUUUGCAACCAGUAGCUCAGAUGACGCGACAAAAUUCAGGAAUAUGGCACUGGUUGCCCAUAUCGACUCUGGAAAAACUACACUGACAGAGUCAAUACUGCACAAAUCUUCUUACCUCACUUCACCUGGCUCAGUUGAUACCGGAAGUACCACAACAGACUUCUUACCAGCCGAGCGUGAAAGAGGGAUAACCAUCCAGUCUGCGAGUAUUCCAGUGAAAUGGAAAAACUGGACCUUCAACAUGAUUGAUACUCCUGGACAUGCCGAUUUUGGGAUGGAAGUUGAAAGUGCAAGUCGUGUUGUAGACGGCGCUGUAGUCCUCAUAGACUCGGUAGAAGGGGUUGAGUCCCAGACGAAGGGUGUUUGGAGGCAACUGGAUAGAUAUAAUGUUUCAACGCGAUUAAUGUUCCUCAACAAGCUCGACCGGCCUGGUGCUUCCUUCAAAUCCUCAUUGCUAUCUCUUCUGUCACAUAGGCUGCACUCGAACCCAAUGGUCCUGACGCUGCCGAUUGCAUCCUUUAAUCCUCAAGAUUAUACUCGAGCCGAGCCUGGAAUUCAGGGAUUGGUAGACCUCGUCAACUGGGUCGUUUGGAAAUGGGAUAGUAAUGGUGUCUCUUCUCAACAUCCACUUCCACGAACUGCCGAGGGUCUCACAUCCAUGGAGAUUUUGCACAGUAAUCAUCCUGUUGUCCCUCAUUUGGUCCCUGCCCGCGUAGCUCUUUUAGAAAAUCUCGCCAUGUUUUCUGAAGAAUUUAUGGAGUUUUUGUUGACUCUUCCAUCAGGUCCUUCAUCGUAUUUAGGCAUCGAGCCUUCCAAAAUCAUGCCUCAUCUGCGUAACGCUACCUUACGGAAUGACAUUUUACCUGUGCUUUGUGGUUCAGCCAUGAAAAAUAUUGGGACAGAACUAGUUAUGAACUACGUUGGCGAACUUCUUCCCAGUCCGCUGGAUGUGCAACUGGAAGGAGAGUCUGCCAACAGCCCUGUGAGAUUAUUGGCAUGGAAGGUUAGCUGGGACAAACGGCGAGGCUGGAUGACCUUUGUUCGCGUAUAUUCAGGAACACUCAAGCGUCAGAGUUCUCUCCUCAACACCUCCAGUGGUCAGAAAGAAAAGGUUUCAAAGCUACUUCUCUUGUAUGCGUCAGAAGCCGAGGAGGUCGAGUCCCUCCCUUUUGGAUCUGUAGGAGUUCUCCUCGGUUUAAAGUACACUCGUACAGGUGACACCUUGGUCGCUGGUCGUGGACCUGUGUCAUCCACAGCGCCAUCCUCUCUUCGCACCAUUGUGCCCCCUCCCGCUGUCAUGUCUGCUUCAAUUAUUCCAAGGUCCCAUUCGGAUCUUGAGCCAGUACAGGAUGCAUUGCAGAGCCUGGCCCGGACCGAUCCAUCCGUUCGAGUGGACGCUCAGGAAGGCCAGAUUCUCGUACAUGGUCUCGGUGCCCUUCAUCUAGAAAUCGUGGAAGGCAGGUUAAGGGAUGAGUGGAACGUCCAUUUCGAAUUUGGUUCUCGUCGUGUGAGUUAUCGUGAGGGACUUGGACCAGGAGCUUCUUCAGGUGACCACCAAUGGACUACGGAGAUUGCGAAUAAACCUAUCACCAUUUCCAUAUGGAUGUCGAUAACACCCCUCGAAGAAACCGAACAGGGGGAUCCAACCUGGGACGACAACUUAGUAUUGGGUCCCAGUGGUAAACCUUUGACGUCUCCUGAAGCGUCUCCCGAUCAGCUUGACCCGCUGACCAAUAUUUCCCGUGGAAUCGCAAGCAUGCUCUCCAAUUCCCCCCAUACAUCGUUAGCAUUAUCACAUAUCAAAAUCAAAGUUACAGGUUUCAAGUAUCCGCAAGAGAUAUCUCCAUCUAUCCUCGCUGGGGCAAGCUCGUCCAUCCUACAGAAGCGAAUACGAGAAGCCGGGAUGGGGGGAAUUAUGGAGCCAUACAUAAAGCUCAAGAUAUCAAUUAACGAGGACAGCUUGGGAAAAGUCGUCAAAGACCUCACUGAAAAUGGCGGCGAAGUGCUUGAUCUUGCGUCUGAUGCAAUUACCGCGAUAGACGAAGAUAGUUUCCCAUACUCAAUAGAUGGAGUAUACGUUCCACCUCGCGAGCUUUCCCCUUCGUCUGCAUCGUCUGCAUCAGUAAACUCUUCCACCUCCACACCAAGACUCAAACGCACCGUUCACGCCAUUGCGCCUUUGAGCAGAAUGCUAGAUUAUUCUACCCGGCUACGUGCUUUAUCUGGCGGUCACGGUCUUUUCGAGAUGGAAAAUGCUGGGUUCCGUGAGGUCUCCGAGCCUCGAAAGGUGGAAAUUUUACGGGAGAUCGGUCGUGCAUAGAUAUCGGUAAUCAUGGCUAAAGCAGAAUUCACUGUUAUGUAUCGUCAUAUAAUAUAACUAUCUACGAAAA